AGCACAACAUACUACAAUUUGGACUGUACGGAAUAAGAAAAUAUCGAUGUCCUACGUGCAAUAUUGUUGACCUUUUCAAGGGUGAACUGUCAAACACAGCUGAGACAUCGUGCCAGGUGUCAAUUAAUAGAUAAGCUGGAAAACAAGUAAUUUAUUUUUCGAAUUGUGUGACCAGUGAGAACGUACAAAUAAUCAAGUGAAGUUCUAUUCAACGAAAGUUAACACUGCUCGACCGUUGAAGACGAGCAGCCUUGCACGAUUAAGAUAACCAGCCACUGUGAAUCCGGCCUCGUAGAAGUAACGAUCAAUAAUGCUCUCUGUUUGCGUUUCCCAAGCGAUAGUGCCCUGAAAAAGCGUGAAUGAAAGUGAUAACUGAAUGUACGAUAUUACACAUUCGUGCGGUCUCUAAGUACCGAUAAUUGUUUCGUACGUUUCGUAACCUAAAUAAAAAAACGUUACUAACGGCGCGCUGAAAUAUAUUCGACAGAAGUUACUAUCAAGGAAUCACAGAUUGAGACGUGUAUGGAGCAUCAUUGGCGCAUUUUUGCCAAAUAUUUCUGUUACGAAUAACGGAAUGAAGUAUGCAGUCUUUAUCGACCCAGGUAAUCGGUUGCAUCGGGAAAUGUACUUCCGGUCUCAACCGCGAAGAAUUAGACCAAAUCACAGAUAACAUAAACAGAACUCUGGUUCAUCCGCGAGGCAGAGAAAUUUUUAAAAGGUACUUGAAGAAACGCGAAUUGACGGACAAUAUCGAGUGUUUAGAGCUGUACGAAACCUGCUGCGAGUUUCUCGAGGAAGGAAAACAUCAGUCGCAAUCGAAGAAAGAGCUUCCCCUGGAGGUAUUAAUAGACAAUGUCACGAGGGUCAGAGAAAUGGCGGAAGAUUUGGACGGUGUUCCCCAAAUAGAUAUGGCGAUACUGCAAAGCCUCAACGAGGCUUUAAAUAGCAGGUCGAGGGUCGCGUUACUCGGUGUUUUGGAGAACACGAGAGAUCGCUGUCGCAACCAUUUGAGGCGCGUCCACGAAAGCUUCAAAACGUACGCGACGGAGCCAUGCCCUUUGGCUAAAUAAUCAAAGAAUGAACUUUUCUUACAAUUGACGUACCUUUUUACACGUUGAUAGUCAUUUAUUAAGGCACAGUGGAAGUGAACGUGUUGUACACGUUCUGCAUUUACGUAUCAAUGUUAGCCUGUGAUUCUGAGCAUCACAAUCCGAUGUUCCUUCUAUAUACUGUACUGGUUCCUCUGUAUUUAUUUGAACUACGUUUGUAAUUUAAU